CUGCGGGGUCGGAGCGGAGGCGGGGAGCGCGCUCCAUCCACAGCCUCUGCCCAGCCAGCGAGCGAGCGAGCGGAGCGGCGGCUCUGUCCCCGGAGCUGCCCUGCGAGCGAGCGAGCGAGCAUAGCCAUGGCUACGAGGGUGCUGACCAUGAGCGCCCGGCUGGGGCCGGUACCGCAGCAGCAGCAGCAGCAGCCGCCCCAGGACGAGCCCGUGUUCGCCCAGCUCAAGCCCGUGCUGGGAGCCGGGAACGCGGCCCGCGAAGCGGCGCUCUUCCCCGGGGAGGAGAUAAAGCACCCGCACCACCAUGCCCACCAUCCCCAGCAGCCUCAGCAGCAGCAGCCGCCCCAACAGCAGCAGCAGCCCCAGCCCGGGAGCACCAGGCUCCCGGCCGAGGAGCUGGUCCAGACGAGAUGUGAAAUGGAGAAGUAUCUGACACCUCAGCUUCCACCAGUUACUAUCAUCCCAGAGCAUAAGAAGUACAGGAGAGACAGUGCCUCAGUCGUAGACCAGUUCUUCACGGACAGUGAAGGGUUACCUUACAGUAUCAACAUGAAUGUCUUCCUCCCUGACAUCACCCACCUGAGAACUGGCUUGUACAAAACUCAGAGACCGUGCGUAACCCACAUCAAGACAGAACCUGUGACCAUUUUCAGCCAUCAGAGUGAAACUACUGCUCCUGCCCCUGCCCCAGCCCCCACCCAGGCUCUUCCGGAAUUCACCAGUAUAUUCAGCUCCCACCAGACUGCAACUCCAGAUGUGAACAACAUUUUCAUCAAGCAAGAACUUCCAACACCAGAUCUUCACCUUUCUGUCACCCCCCAGCAAGGCCAGUUGUACCAACUUUUGAGUUCACCGGAUUUAGAUAUGCCCACUUCUACAAACCAGACAGCAGUAAUGGACACACUUAAUGUCUCCAUGCCAGCAGCCAUGGCAGGCCUUAAUACACUCACCUCAGCUGUUCCACAGACUGCAAUGAAGCAAUUCCAGGGUAUGCCCCCCUGCACAUACACAAUGCCAAAUCAGUUUCUUCCACAACAGGCCACUUACUUCCCCCCUUCACCACCAAGUUCAGAGCCUGGAAGUCCAGACAGACAAGCAGAGAUGUUGCAGAAUUUAACACCCCCUCCUUCUUAUGCUGCUACAAUUGCUUCUAAACUGGCAAUUCACAAUCCAAAUUUACCAGCCACCCUGCCAAUUAAUUCACAGAGCAUCCAAACAGUCAGAUACAAUAGAAGGAGUAACCCAGAUCUAGAGAAGAGACGAAUACACUACUGUGAUUAUCCUGGCUGCACAAAAGUUUAUACAAAGUCUUCCCAUUUAAAAGCUCACCUGAGGACUCAUACUGGUGAAAAGCCGUACAAGUGCACAUGGGAAGGAUGUGACUGGAGAUUUGCUCGCUCUGAUGAGUUAACACGUCACUACAGGAAACACACAGGAGCCAAACCUUUUCAAUGUGCUGUGUGUAACCGGAGCUUCUCUCGCUCUGAUCACCUGGCUCUGCACAUGAAAAGACACCAGAAUUGAGAUGAACUGUUUCUUGAGGCUUGUCAGAGUCUAUGCAAUUCAUUAUUGAUGUUAUGCAGUUAGAUGUGGCAAAUUUUUAACUAUGAACUUACCAUAAAGAAAUUGAAAACUGGAAGUGUAUAUUUUGUAUAUUUAAGAGAUAACAGCGAAUAUGUUAUAUUAAUACCAAAGUGUUCAUUCAUUUUAAGAGUCUGAUAUUGCUUGCUGUAACAUAUAUGGCUUUAUUUGGCAGGUUUCAUCUCAAAACUUGUAGUCACAUCUCAAGACCAUGAGUAUGUAGGUUUGGGUUUUUUGUUUUGUUUUAAAGGGAAGAAGGGAGGGGAGGGAUUACCUUGGAAGGGGAUGGCGAACAUUCGCCUCGUUUUUACUAAGUACCAUCAUUUAUUGUGACCUUCUUUAGUUCACAAAUGAGUUGGCAGGCAUGGAAUGGAAUUAUGAAUUACAAUGUCAAGAUUUUACUUGGCAUUGAAUAAUUUUUAAAUGUUCUGGAAUUCUUUGAAGAAGCAAUGUAUGUGGAAAUUCACAAGCAGCCAUUGAACAAAUGUGUGGGUUUUAUUUUUUUUAAAGGAUGUGUUGCAUAUAUUUGCUAUACAAAUUUUUGUAAAUGUUCAGAUCAGCUCUAGGAUUAUCACAAGUUAGGAUUCUUGUAGAAAAAUCAAAAGUUACUGAUUUGAAAAUAACAGUAGUACAUUCACAUGGAAUUUGUUUUAAGUUGCUUUUCCAAACACUAUCCGACAUUACUUUAUGGUAAAAAAACAAAAUCCUGGGAAAAAAACCCACUCUGGUAAUCAUUCAGACAAUGAUUAAAAGCAAAAUUUAUGCACUGAUUGAAAUAGGGUUGCUUUUAAAGGGGCAAAGCAUUUUACAUAAAUUGUAAAUGUCAGUGGCUUAAUGAGGAGAGUUACAAUAUAUAAAAUGUUAAACCUCUUACAGUAAGCUAAACACAGUAUCACUAAAGAAGGAUUUAUGAUGCAGUUUUUGUAUACUGAAAUGUUAGCUUGUGCAGUACUGCUGCUGGUUCAAUGCCAAUUUUAUUUUAUGUGGACGUUGCAUGUACUUUAUAGUAAUGUACAGUAAGAUAAGACACAGUAAUUUUACUUAAAUUACAGUGCAGUCUAGUUAAUCCAUUGUUAAUAUUGACGCAGUGUCUGCCUUUAAAUAUUAAAUGACAUGUUGAAAAUUUAAGGAUGCAACUGCUACAUUUAUGCAAUAUAGAAUAGUAAUGUAAUGCUGUUAACCAAAGGGCAGAAUAAUUAAGCAAAAUGCCAAAAAAGGGUCUCGAAGCGAAAAAUGAAAAUUUAAUUUUGUUUGAAAAUGUUUGUCUUUAUUUAUUUUGUGGAAGUAUAGUGACUUUUUUUUAGAAGACAAUUUUACAUACACUUGAUAAAUUAUAGUUUUGUUUGUUAGAAAACUUGCUCUUAAAAGAAAUGUAAAUAGUUGACAUGGUGUAAAUAAUUUUGUAAGAGGCUUAAUAUGUUUAUACAUGGAAACAUACAUACAAAGCAUAAAUUGGUUGCUGUUUUGCUUCUUUUCCCCCCUUAUUUUUGUAUUGUGGUAUUUCCUAUGCAAAUAAUGGAGCAAACAGCUGUAUAGUUGUAGAAUUUUUUUUGAGAGAAUGAAAUGUUUAUAUAUUAUGACAAUUUUUUUUUUGAAAAAUAAAAAGUGCCUAAAACAUU